AAAGAAAAGUUUCAAAAGUUGGUACUUUGGUGAUGCCUCACGUUCUUUGUGCUUUUAGCUAGGACUUUUACUUAAACUUGAGAGGGCAUUGUGGGUUUUGAAACAGGGAGUGUUUGAAAAGUUCUUUUGGAUUGUGGAGAAAAGUGUCUUUUAUGCUGUGUUUAUAUGGGUUUUGGCGUUGGCUUUCGGAGUUGUUUGCACUUUGCAAGGAAUUUUUUAGUUUCAGAAGAAAAAUGAGUUGUCGUGAAGAUAUCUCUGAGGAGGCGACUAAGGAUCCUGGCAUAAAGCUCUUUGGCAGAAAGAUCCCUUUGCCGGAAUGUCGGAUUCCGGCUAGGUCGGACGUCAUGGUUCAACUGUUCAAAUUAUGCUAUGUGCAAGUUGAAGAUGCGGGGAGUUUUAGUCAAAGGGAAUUGUGUUGUUGCGUUUUGAAGGAAAGGAAAAAAAGACCGAAGGCAUGAGUGGUGAAGUUUUUGAGCAAAAGAACGAGUUAGCUAUGGCAAAUCUAAUGAUUCAUUUAUGUUUAACAUGGUUGAGGAAAAGACUGUUUAAAGGCAUCUGGGAUGAGUUGCGUGAUAUUUAUGAAGGAAUAUCGAUGUCAAACCGGAUCCACCUCAGGAGAAAUCUGUACAAUCUGGGAAUGAAAGAGAGUUUUCCUUGUUUCAAGAGCACCUGAACGAGUUUAAUGGCCUUUUAACUGACUGCUUGUUGAAGAAUCUCGCAACAAAAAUAGUGGGAAUUCUUCUGGUGAUGCAAUGAUAGCUAGAGGCAGAUCUACUAACAAAGACUCUAGUGAUAGUGGGCGAAAUCAUUCCAAGUCAAAGUCCUGAGGGAAGGAAAAGGGGAGGUUCUAGAACUGUGGUAAGAAGGGACCCUCAUUUAGGAUACAAAUAAGUAGAGACCCAAAAUUGAUGUGCCAGGAAGUACAAAAUCUCAUGGAAAUUUGGUGGAAGAAGGCGGAUCAUUUGAGGAUGGUGAGGAUGCUUGCAGUGAUAGAGCAAAAGCAGUAAUGGAGAGAUAUUACGCAGAAAACUUAGGGGACCCACAAAAGUCCUCUGCUUUAGGAAAUAAGAAUGAAGAGCCCCAAACUCCUGUGCUGGUUGAGGCAACAGUAUAUCCUACGCCCAAGGAAGGGCAGGUAGAGACCAAUACUACAGAGCAAGAGAAAGUGUUUAAGAAGCCAGACAAGGUACUUCAAUGUCCAAGAUGCAACAGUUUAGACACAAAAUUUUGCUAUUUCAAUAACUACAAUGUCAGCCAACCAAGGCAUUUCUGUAAGAACUGCCAGAGAUAUUGGACGGCUGGUGGAACCAUGAGAAAUGUUCCAGUGGGUGCUGGGAGACGAAAGAACAAGCACUUAGCCUCCCAAUACCGUCAGAUAAUAGUAUCCUCUGAUGGAGAAUCAAUGACAAGAUCGGACAUGACGGACUCAGCCAACCACCAGGUUCUCUCGUGUGGUGAUUCUUCAACCGCAUUCACGUCUUCAACGGUAAAUGGGACACUCCUGAAAUUUGGUCCUGAAGCACCUCUUUGUAGAUCCAUGGAGACUGUUCUUAAUUUAAGAGACCAGAGAAGAUGUGUUGAGAUGGGUUCUGUAAAUGUCGAAGAAAAUGAAGAGCCUUCCUCAUGCAUAUCAUCCAUGACAACUUGCAGUAACCAGGGAAAUCAAUUACCUGAAAACAUUGAGCAAAGGGAGAGAGUCUGUUUGCCAGGAUCUUGUAAUGAGCUUAAUACACCGCAUCCUCUGCAUUGUUACCCUGUUCCUCCAUGGGGUUUCCCUUGGAAUGCAGGUCUGCACAAUGACGCCUCUGUUGCAAAAGUAGAAAUUGCUUCUGAGUGCAUUUCCGUACCAAAUGGCAGUGAUCCAAAUGCAGUUCGGUGGUACCCCACGCCAAUGCUUGCAGUUCCGGCCGGCUUUUGCCCUCCGAGCAUUCCCUUGCAAUUUGUACCAGCAUCAUAUUGGGGUUGUAUGCCUGUUUGGGCUCCUGGAGCUGGGACUGUGUCAUUAACGGGAUCUAGUGGUUGUCUAUCUCAGUCGUCCUCUGCUAGUAACAGUUGCUGCUUUGGCAAUGGCUCACCCACCCUCGGUAAGCAUUCCAGAGAUGCAAAAUUUGCAGAUGAAGAGAAAUCAGAACCAUGUAUUUUGGUUCCAAAGACACUGAGAAUUGAUGACCCAGAAGAGGCUUCAAAGAGUCCUAUAUGGGCCACAUUAGGAGUUAAGCCUUACCAGAAGGAAUCUAUAUCGAAAGGUACUAUUUUCGGAACAUUAGGAUCGAAGGCAGAAGAGAUGGACCAUUUGGCUGAAGCGUCUGAGAUCUUGGUUGCAAACCCAGCAGCCCUUUCUCGCUCUCAUACAUUUCAAGAGAGCAACUGACAUGUAUUUGCUCAGAUGUAUAUUUCUGGAACUUGGCCUUCUGUGUAGAGAAUGCAGCAUCUGCUUUUCAUCAUGUACUUUAAACAGGUUUUCGAUGAACUAUGAGAUAGAUGAUUUCUUGGAAAUUCAAAAACUGUCACUGUAAUCAACAGGGAUCCCUUUAGGAGUCAAUAUUGUAAAUUAUAGCUAAUAGUGAGUGGUUGUUUUUGGUC